GCUGCUGCUCCUCACCAAGUCCUCGCAGGAUGCCUUUCCAGCAGGGCUCUGCCCGGACGCGGCAGCGCACCGUCCUUCUGGUGGGAAUCGUGGUCCUGCUGGCCGCCCUCGUCCUCGCCGUCGUGCUGGCCUCUGUCCUGACUCGCGGAAAGCAAGAGGUCAGUCCCAAAAUGCUGAAGUGGAAGGACAGAGGGACCACUAAGAAUCUGCAAGAAGUCAUCCUGGGAAGAUGCUACAGCUACGUCAUGGCGCGGUACCCUCAGCUGGGAGAUAAGGAUUGCCUAAAAAUAUGGGAAUCAUUAAAACAUGCGUUCAUUUACAAGAAUCCCUGUAAUAUUACAUCAGAAGAUUAUCAGCCUUUAAUGGAUUUAGUGAGUCAUCCUAUACCCUGUAACAAGUCACUGUUUUGGAGCAAGACAAGUGACCUCGCUCAUCGUUAUACAAAAUCCAAUCAAAAUUUCCUUACCUUGGAGGACACCUUGUUGGGUUAUAUGGCUGAUAGGGUUUCAUGGUGUGGAGACCCCUCUGCCCCAGGAAUCAACUAUGAAUCUUGUCCAAAACGAAGUGAAUGUGAGAGCAACCCUACCUCUGUAUUCUGGAAAAUGGCAUCCAAGAUGUUUGCAGAAGCAGCAUGUGGUGUGGUUCAAGUGAUGCUCAAUGGAUCAGUAGAAGCUGGAGCUUUCAGAAGCAGCAGCAUCUUUGGAAGUAUUGAGAUCUUUAACCUAAAUCCAGAUAAAGUCUCUGCAGUACACAUUUGGCUUAUGCAUGACAUCGGGGGACCUCAAAGUGAAUCCUGCUCAGGUCAUUCCAUAAAGAGGUUAAAAAGCAUCUUAGAAGAGCGAAACUUUAAGAUCACCUGUGAAGACAAUUACAGGCCAGUUCAGCUCCUUCAGUGUGUGCACAACCCUGACCACACAGACUGCAGACUUUGCACCAACACCACGGCAACUCCAUGAAAUGGAGUCCUCCGCACUACUGAAGACUUUUGUUAUUUGUGUGUAAAGCUGGAAAAGAUGUGGCUA